CAACAGAUAUAAGCAUUGGCUCAGUUCGUUACGGAGCGUGACUUUCAAGUUACUUACGACGUCUAUUCUUGGGUAAGGGUUUGGCCUUCGGAAGGUGGUCUUUGUCCGUGAGAAAGUCAUUAGUAAUGACCAGUGCUUGUCUCUCUGGUUACACUCAAAUUAGAUCAUCGAAUAUUAACUAAGUUCUUCUAUGAUGCAUCCAAUCAUCCACACUGACGUAAGUGUCGCGCAUGCCUACAUCGAUUGUUAUAUAACAGGCUGACCCAACGUUGACAACAUGUCCUGAUUCUGAUGCACUCAUAAUCUACGCCAACCAUCUUUCUCAAUGUCUACUGAGGAGAGACUAAACGCCAUGCGCGGCUACAAAGCCACUCUGAGCAAUCCCCACACCUCUGAUGAAGCCAAACAGAACGCUCAGGCAAUGCUGGAACAGCUUGGAGGAGACCAGCCUCGCGAUGAACUAUACGAUCAGACCGAACGUGGAAAAGAUCCUAGUCGUUUUAUGGGCGGAUUAAAGGCCGCACGUCACAAUCCGAAUGUGACGGACUCUGGCCGUCAGAAGGCGGAGGAGAAGUUGAGGGACCGGAACGAACUUCCAGAGGAGUAAUUGGUCGUGCAGGUGUAUUUUAGGCAUAUGGGUAUAAUCUAACGAUUUAUCCAGAAUGUAUAGUUACUUCCAUAGUACUAUAUAUGAAGCGUUAUAAUGAUACGUCUGAAAACAAAC